CCCAUUCAUUGUUCGUGUUGUUCGCUGGGUUCACUUUUUGUUUGUUUUCUUGGGUGACCGUCCAACUUGACCACAUUGACUUUCCUCAAACAAAAACAUGGCAACCAAUCUGGUGAAACGCGUGCCGGGAUACCGCUUCGAGGACGGCUCAAGCACGCCGGCUACGAUGAACGUCUUCCAACACCUAGUUCUGGAGGAUGCCGAGGGCGAGACGCGAUGGUACUUUAAGUACUUUCUAGGCCACGAUCACAAGAACAUUAUCGGUCUGGUCGACGAGAAGCCCUUCCUCGUGUCUGCCGUGCUGACAGACCAGGACAACAAUGGCAAUCUGCAGUGGCGUCUCAUCCGCUGGCGCAAGGAAGGCUCAGAGCGGCUGUGUCUACCAUUCCUGGAGAAGGACAAGAAGGAGCUGGCCUCUGGCGACAUGCUCAAGGUCUUUGGCAUCAAGAACGCCGACAAGGUCAAGGAAGUGCUUGAUCCCGAUGUGCAAGAGGAUCUUCUCGUGCUUGAAGAGCAAGAGGGCGCCGUGAACUUCAAGUUUGGCAUUCUGUACGCCAAGCCUGGGCAGCGGACGGACGAUGAAAUGUUCUCCAACAACGACCCGUCGCCUGCGUUCAACGAGUUUGUCGAAGCUCUGGGCACCAAAGUGGAUCUCAAGGGCUUUGAUAAAUUCCGCGGUGGCCUCGAUGUCAAGACCGGCACCACCGGCACACACUCCAUUUGGACGAGCUACCACGGUCACCAAAUCAUGUUCCACGUUUCGACGAUGCUGCCAUUCUCGGCAGACAACGCACAGCAACUGGAGCGCAAGCGCCAUCUCGGCAACGACAUCGUGACCAUUGUGUUUGUGGACGGCGACGCUUCCACUCCUUACGAGCCACUAUUCGAUCCUGACGAAAUCAAGUCACAUUUCAUUCACGUCAAUGCUAUUGUUCGGUACGAUCCCUCCCGGCAACAGUACCUUCUGAACAUGGCGACCAAAGACUGCGUGAACGAGUAUGGCCCACCCCUCCCCAACCCUGCCGUGUUUAGCCACAAGGCCGACCUGCGAGAAUUCCUGCUGGUCAAGCUCAUGAACGGCGAGAAGGCGUCCUACAGCGCGCCCGUGUUUCUGAAGAAAAUGGAGCGUACUCUGGACACGCUCCUUGGCGAGACCCAAAAAAAGUUUAUGGCCGGCAACCAGACUCCGCCCGUGACGCUGAAAAUGCACGAAGUGGGCCAGAUACUUCGCGUCAAGCGCAUUCAGAGCGGACUGGCGCCGACAUCGCGCGUGGACGCCGGCAGUUCGGCUUGGGCUCCUGUCACCGUGGUCGAUGGAUUUUCCAACGGAACGAUCGUGUGCGGUGCUCUGUGGGGCGAGCGUGUCGUGAUUGCCACCACAGCCGGCGUGUUUGUCACCCAUGGCGACCUCUGCCAAAAGAUUAUCGACAAACAGUCGAUUGUGCAACUCACUGUUAUUGAGCGGCCGGGAUUGCUCAUCUGCCGCUCAAACAAGUCUGGCAAGGGCGGGCAUGUGUACGUCUUCCCGCUGGACUUAUUGCUGAUUGGCAAUGCUGUGCCGAAGGGUCGCUGCAAAAAAUUCAAAAUUGGCAAGUCCUCCGACUGCCACCUCUACGCCGUCGGCGAAUGGGAGACGGAAACCCACUUCUCGGGAGCCCUCAAGCUUUGUGUUGCAGUGCGCAACCGAGUGCUUGUGUUUGAGCACAUCGGCCCUGUGGUCACCGGACAGUUCAAGAUGGUUCAAGAACUGCUGACACCCGACCCGCCGAGCGUCAUUUCCUUCUGCGACAACAACAACCGCGUCGUUGUCGGCUUCCGCACCGAGUUUGAUCUCAUCACCCUGAAAGGCAGUCAAAUUCGCGAGCUGUUUGUGGCCGACGGCAAGGUCAACCCGCUCCAAGCCAUUCCCGUCGACAACGAGGUUCUUCUCUGCUACAACCAUCUCAGCGUCUUUAAGGAUUUCGUCGGUAAAACCAGUCGCAACUAUGACCUCAAGUGGACUGCCGUUCCUUCCGCAGUUGCAUACCAUGUUCCGUUUGUUUGCGGGUUUGCGGCUGAAACGAUCGAAAUCCGAACGCUCAUCAACGGCAAGUUGGUCGCGAGUGUGCCUGCUCCCGGCAACAAGUACCUCACUACCACGCCGGACGCCGUGCUUUACACGACCACCGUGAACGGGCGUGUUGACAUUGUCAGGCUUGCCUUCGAUGUCUGGCUCUCAUCGGCAUGAGCGCUUUCAGCAGUUUUGGUUUCGUUUUGUUUUUUGGUUUUUGUUUUCGAUUGCUUUCGCUUUCUGAAAGUUUUUUGUUGUUUGUUUUGUUUGUCUUUAGUUCCUCUGAGCAAUAGGAGCUGAACUAGAUCACAGUAAAUGGAUGGAAACAACAACAACAACAACAACAACAACAACAACAACAACAACAAAAA